CUUAUAAAACGGCACGGGCAGGCAGGCCGGCCUCUCUCUCCUCCAGCAGAGCGAUCGUAGCAGCUAGGAAUGGGCUCGAAGCAGCAGCCCGCGCUCCGGCCGACCCCCACCGACGGAGGCUGCUGCGGCGGCGAUGGCAGGGCGGCGUCCGCGAGGGAGCGAUCGAGCGUGACCAACGCGUCCUUCAGGGUCUACUACAGUCUACGCGCCGGUGCUGUGCCGUUCCUCUGGGAGUCCGCGCCCGGCACGCCAAAGAGGGGUGCGGCCACCGUCUCCCCGGAAUCGUCCCUCCCUUCCACCACAGCGACCACCGGCAGCGCUGGUGGUGCUACGCUGCUGCCUCCGCCCCCCUCGCCGUCGCCGUCGUACCAAUCGCCGUUCCAUGGAAAGGGGAGGAAGCCGUCCUGGACGCCGACGGCGGGAGGCAUUGUGAGGGCAUUGCUUGGCGUGCUUGGGCUCAGGAAGAGACACCGCCGGUCGCGCCGGCGCCCCGACGUGUCAGGUCUUUGAAGUGCCGACGUUGCAACUUGUUUGCUGUAGUAGCUACACGCUUGAUUUCUGGCGACUGGUCGUUAAGCAUCACUAGCAAUUAAAAGCUCUUUGGUUUUAGGUUUGUACUUAGUGCAUAAAGUGCGUGCUUUAUGUGCUCUCUAUUAUUGUUCAUGGUCGUGUCCAUUUUAGUGUCUUUUUA